ACACUUCCUGGCCAUGUGGCGUCCAGGAAGCUGCUGACCAAUCAGGGGACAGCUUGUAAGUCAUGCCAGCAUCAGCAUCCUCCGCGCAUGUGUGUGUGAGUGCGAGCGAAUGCGUGUGUAUGAGAGUGCGUGUUGCGUGUUCAAAUCGCGGAGGUGGGCCGCCUCCAUCCGAAUUAAACCAAGGACUCUUAAGGGUUCCGGUAUCGAAAACUUGACGCGAGCGCGGCCGUCUCUCCAUGUGCUCGGCGGCGGCAAAUGGACGCCGAGGUGCUACUGGGCCCCCCCGUGAUGGCGGACGUGAACGGCAACAAUAAGCUGGCCAACGCCGAGCUGGAGGUGCUCAAACUGCAGGAGCUCGUCCGCAAGCUGGAGAAGCAAAACGAGCAGCUGCGGAGCAGGGCCAAUGCGGUCAACAAUUGUCCCGUCGCCUCCCGCCAUCACCAUCCCCUCCACAACCACCUCCAUCUCCAGACGGGCUCCCCGCCCGCUUGCUUGGCCCCAGCCAGGGAGCCUUUCCCGGCUAAGUGUGAGAGCGUGUGCCCCCGGGAGCCCUUCGCCUAUUUUCAGCCCAGUUCGUCGUCGCCCGAUUCCGCCGAGGAGGAGGAAAACGAGGAGGAGGAUGGAGCCACGACGGUUCUGGAUGAGGUUGACGUACUGGACCUUAACACCGUCCUCACGGUCUCAGAACCGGAUAGCUGGUAAUACGCUUUUUAAUUACUAUGAGUUACGAUGUCUCAUUGUGUUUUCAUGCUUUUGGUAUGAAGAAUGAAGAAACAACGUUUUUUUCCCCAAGUGGUUGAAAUGAAAGAUUCCCAAAUGCAAACAAUAGGGCUCAAAUUAGGCCACUUUAGAAAUCAACUAUUCAUCCAUCUGAGAGACAUUUCGAACUUCAAACCACCACUACCUUACACCGCCCUACUAUACGUUAUUUUUCUUAUAAUACAGAUGUGCUCCUUAGAUUACAUACCCUGGCAGAAUUUGUAAAAUGUCCAAAACACAUUCAUUUUAUUUACAAAUGAAACGUAUAUGCAGUUCAGAAUAUCAAAGCGUAGCACUAUAGACAACAAUGACGUGGUGGUACUGUUCAGUCAUAUU